AUGUCUCAAAAAAUAGAAAAAAUAAAGUAUUGUCCAGCAGGACAUUCUUCCGAAGAUUUUGCUUAUUCAGAUUGUCCAAAUUUCAUUUUUUCCGAUGGAAAAUGUGCUUUGUGCACCAAAGAAUAUUUUAUCCAAGAAUUUAAAACUUGGUCUAAAUUAGAAAAUGGAAUAAAAUGGAACUGGAAUUUUAUCAAACAAGAUUGGGAAUAUGAUUUAAUUGGCUACGAUGUAGCUUUAAAAGAAAUAAAAGAUUCUAGAUAUGAUAUAGUUGAAUUUCUUAAAGUGAUAAUGAUUGUUCAAAACUAUGUAUUUGCUAAAUAUUAUGGAAUUUCAAAAAAUCCUUCAACACAAAACUAUAUUAUUGUUAUGGAGUUAUAUGAUGAUGACUUAAAUAAAUUUUUAACCAAAAAAUUUUGGGAUUUAAAGUGGCUAUCUAAAAUAGACAUGUUAUCAUCAAUAUCAGAGGGUCUUGGAGCCUUACACCAAAAUAAUUUAGUUUAUUGUGGCCUUCAUAGUGGAAUGGAUAAUAAUGUUACGCGCCAACUUAAAAUUGCUGAUGAAAAUCAAAAAAAUACAUCAAAAUCUCAAAAACAAGAAUUAUUUGAAUUAUUUUCACAUUCAAAUAAGUUACAUCCUCAAUCAUGUUAUAUUAGCCGAAAUAUUUAUACUCUUCAUGGAUUGCAUGAUUUGUUGGAAGAAAUAAAAUCUGGAAAAUCUUCAGAUCCUAAUAUACUAACGUCCAAUGAAUCGACCACCUUAAAUGCUAAUGCUUAUGAUAUGAUAUAUCAAUAA